AGAUGGCAUCGAUUGCUUUCUGCUCCGUAAUCUUGGCACUAGUGUUGUAUGAAUCAAUCGAAAAAGUUGUCAGUGAAUCCUCAUCCAGUUUGAAACUAUUUAAAAUUCAUUUACGCGAAUAUUUUUCUUAUGUCUCAAUAGGACUUAAGUGAUUUCGAUUUUUCCUGUUUGCCAUGUCUAUCUCACCGACUGCUGUGGAUGCAACCCUAUACCCCAAUAUAGGAAUUGAUAAUUAUUUUGAGGCAUCUGAAGAGAAAGCCUUUGAUGCCACUCCUGACAGUGGAAUUCAUGAGAUAGGUGGUGUCACUGAUCCUGAACAAAAGGCCAAACUUGAAGAUGAAUGGAAAAUUGAGUUGGCGAAAACGGAAGAAGAAAUUGCUACAUUGAGACAAGUUCUUUCGGUAAAAGUGAAGUAUGCCCAAGAUUUGAAACGAAAGCUUGGGAUUACUCCAUGGAAGGAACUUAAAGACGAUGUAGAACAAAGUCUUAGAAAUAUUCAAGAAACACCAGCUAUGAAAGAAGUUGGAGGACGACUUGUUGAAUGGAACAGUGCUAUCACAAGUGCGCCAAUCUUUCCUGGAAUAUUUAGCUCCACAGCUUACCAGAGAACAAGUCAAACUGUUAAAACAGCAGCUGAAAAAACGACAUCUGUUCUCGGUGUAUUGGGCGCUAGUGUGAGCAAAAAGUUAGGUGAAGUGAAGAACUCCUCAACUUUUCGUUCAUUCGAAGAAAGAAUGGGAUCUGCCUAUACAAAUGUCCGUUCUCGCAUGGGUACACCUCGAAGUACUAGUUUGUACAAUUUUGAUGAUGCUGUGCGUGCACCUGACAGAAGAGGUGUGGCUUCCUCUGCUAGCACUCCAACAAUUCCAGAAAGAGGACCCAUCCCUUAAAUUCAGUCUUUUUUCUCUUUGUACAUAAUCUUAGAACUAUUUGUAGCUUUCUAUUUAUGAAUUUUAAGUCUUAUUUGUAUAUUUUGUGUGUUAUUUAUGAUUAUUUUAUUGAACUAUUAAUCUGUAUGGCCAAAACUAAAUCUGCAUAUGCUUCUUUAGUAAAGAGUGGAAAGAAAACC